AAGCAUAUAUUACUGGCGAGGGAGGCUUUAGGAAGCUAGGAGGAGCUCCGGCAAGGUCGACGGCAGCAUCCUGCUCUGAACUACAGGAAGACUGCCUUCACUUCGGGGAGAACAACAAUGAUUUCCUUGUGAAUUUCGGUUAAAGGAGAAUAAAGUCAGGAGGUGGCUGGGAGUGUUCAUGCUGUAGGUUCUUGUUUCGAGCUAACAAGCUUCGAGGCGUUGUAGCGCUUUUUUUCUAACCAAAUAGUUGUGAGGACCGUAUUGAACUUCUGGCUUGGGGUAGCGGGCCCAACGUGCCUUUCUGUAAAGCGGGUUAUCCGUUACUUUUUGCAUUAGAAGUGCUGAUUGUGCCAUGUCAGCGCCAUCAUCCACGCCUCCCGCAGCAGCAGCGGAGAAUGAUCUUUUAAGGCCCGAUGCGGGGCAGAACCCGCCGGGUCCGACCCACAGUCAGAGCCGCUUCCAGGUGGACCUUGUGGCCGAGGCGGCAGCAGCGGUCGAAGAUAAGUCGCCGAGUUCCGAAGCCUCCACCACUGUCCCGUCCAGCGAGAUGGCCACUCCCGGCGUUGCUCCUGAAGAUCCGGGGACGAGCGGCGAGGAAGCCAAAGGACGGUUUCGGGUUGUUAACUUUGCAGACCCGAGUGGAGCUGGGAGUCCGGCCUCACCAGAGGCAGCGCCGGUCGAGGGGGUGCGGAACGGGGACACGGUGAUGAGCGAGACGAGCUUGCAUUCAUCCACAGGCGGCCAGCAUCACUAUCACUAUGACACCCACACGAACACCUAUUACCUGAGGACCUUUGGCCAUAACACCAUCGAUGCCGUGCCCAACAUCGAUUUCUACCGGCAGACAGCCGCACCACUCGGGGAGAAGCUCAUCAGACCCACCCUGUCGGAGUUGCACGACGAACUGGACAAGGAACCUUUUGAGGAUGGGUUUGCCAAUGGUGAUGAGCUGACCCCAGCUGAGGAAGCUGCAGCAAAAGAAGCAUUGGAAUCUAAAGGAGUUGUCAAGUUUGGAUGGAUUAAAGGAGUGCUGGUCCGCUGUAUGUUGAACAUAUGGGGUGUGAUGCUCUUUAUCCGAAUGUCCUGGAUUGUGGGGCAGGCUGGAAUCGCUUUAUCCUGUUUAAUUGUCGCCAUGGCCACUGUUGUGACAACAAUCACUGGUCUCUCCACCUCUGCCAUUGCAACCAACGGAUUUGUUCGAGGAGGUGGAGCUUACUACUUGAUCUCGAGAAGUUUGGGGCCAGAAUUUGGUGGCUCUAUUGGUCUAAUCUUUGCCUUCGCCAAUGCGGUGGCAGUGGCCAUGUAUGUGGUGGGCUUUGCCGAAACUGUUGUGGAACUUCUUGCUAGUGCCGAUGCCCUCAUGACGGAUGAGAUCAAUGAUAUUCGAAUUAUUGGCACCAUCACAGUAAUCCUUCUCCUGGGCAUAUCUGUCGCAGGAAUGGAAUGGGAAGCAAAGGCCCAGAUCUUCUUGCUCAUUGUACUCAUCACAGCAAUCAUCAACUUCUUCAUUGGAACCUUUAUUCCUCUUAAGUCCAAGGAAUCUAUGGGCUUCUUUGGCUAUGAUGGUUCUAUCAUGUGGGAAAACAUGGGUCCUGACUUUAGGGAGGAAACCUUCUUUUCUGUCUUUGCAAUCUUCUUCCCUGCAGCCACUGGUAUUCUGGCUGGGGCGAACAUUUCUGGAGACCUUGCUGACCCACAGCUUGCCAUUCCCAAAGGAACACUCCUUGCCAUAUUGAUCACUGGAAUAGUUUAUCUGGGAGUUGCUAUCUCUACAGGCUCAUGUAUUGUGAGAGAUGCCAGUGGGAAUAUGAGUGACACAGUCAGUUCUCAGUUCAUGAUGAAUUGUACUGAUGCGUCUUGCAAAUUUGGCUAUGACUUCUCUUCCUGUAAGAGUGACAAGAGCUGUCGCUAUGGGCUCCAUAAGGAUUUCCAGGUUAUGAGCAUGGUUUCGGGUUUUGGACCAAUAAUUACUGCUGGAAUAUUCUCCGCCACGCUUUCCUCAGCUCUGGCAUCUUUAGUCAGUGCACCGAAAGUGUUUCAGGCUUUAUGCAAAGACAACAUCUACCCCAGCUUGAGCAUGUUUGCCAAAGGUUAUGGCAAGAACAAUGAACCUCUCAGAGGCUACAUCCUGACCUUUGUGAUUGCUCUUGCCUUCAUCCUCAUUGCUCAACUGAACGUCAUUGCUCCCAUCAUCUCUAACUUUUUUUUGGCGUCCUACGCCUUGAUCAACUUCUCUGUGUUCCAUGCUUCAUUGGCCAACUCGCCAGGGUGGCGUCCUAGCUUCAAAUAUUACAACAUGUGGGUUUCUCUGGCUGGAGCUAUACUGUGCUGCGUGGUGAUGUUUGUCAUCAAUUGGUGGGCUGCUCUUUUCACCAACGUCAUUGUCCUGGGUCUCUAUAUUUAUGUCAACUACAAAAAGCCAGAUGUGAACUGGGGCUCAUCGACCCAGGCGCUGACCUACCACCAAGCUCUGACCCACACUUUGCACCUCAGCAGCGUAGAAGACCACAUUAAGAAUUUCAGACCCCAGUGUCUGGUGAUGACCGGUUACCCCAACUCCCGUCCAGCUCUACUGGACCUGGUCCACAGCUUCACGAAGAAUGUGGGUCUGAUGGUCUGUGGCCAUGUUCGCACGGGUUAUAGACGACCAAACUUUAAAGAUCUUGCGACAGAACAAUCCCGGUACCAGCGUUGGCUGCUGAAGAAUGAAACAAAGGCUUUCUAUACUCCAGUGUUUGCAGAGGACAUGAGGCAGGGGAGCCAGUUCCUGCUCCAGGCUACAGGUUUGGGUCGUCUGAAGCCUAACACACUAGUGCUGGGCUUCAAGAAUGAUUGGCGGGACGGUGACAUGAUGAAUGUGGAGACGUAUAUGAGUAUAAUCCAUGAUGCAUUUGACUUCCAGUAUGGUGCUGUUAUUCUGCGACUGAAGGAGGGCUUGGAUAUUUCACACAUACAUGGACAAGAUGAUUUGCUGUCCUCCCAAGAAAAGUCAUCUGGAAUGAAAGAUGUGAUUGUAUCCAUUGACACUAGCAAAGACUCUGACGGAGAUUCCUCGAAGCCUUCCUCCAAAGCCACAAGCCUCCAAAACAGUCCAGCUACACAGAAAGAUGAUGACGAUGAUGGCAAAGCUCCAACCCAGCCCCUGUUGAAAAAAGAUAAGAAGAACGCCGCUGUACCACUGAAUGUGUGUGACCAGAGACUGCUGGAGGCCAGCCAGCAGUUCCAGAAGAAACAAGGGAAGGGCACUGUUGACGUCUGGUGGCUGUUUGAUGAUGGAGGUUUGACUCUGCUCAUCCCCUAUCUGUUGACCAACAAGAAGCGAUGGAAGGACUGCAAGAUUCGCGUUUUCAUUGGGGGCAAGAUCAACAGGAUAGACCAUGACCGCCGAGCGAUGGCAACUCUGCUGAGCAAAUUCAGGAUAGACUUCUCAGACAUCACUGUGCUGGGAGAUAUAAACACGAAGCCCAAAAAAGAACAGGUGGCCGCCUUUGAGGAGCUGAUUGAGCCCUAUCGGUUGAAGGAAGACGACAUGGAGCAGGAGGCAGCUGAGCGUCUGAAAAACAGUGAGCCGUGGAGGAUUACCGACAAUGAGUUGGAGCUCUAUCGUGCCAAGACUAAUCGUCAGAUCAGACUCAACGAACUACUGAAGGAGCACUCCAGCACAGCCAACCUCAUCGUCAUGAGCCUACCACUGGCCAGGAAGGGUGCAGUGUCGAGCGCUCUGUACAUGGCCUGGCUGGAGGUGUUGUCAAAGGACCUGCCCCCCAUCCUCCUGGUACGCGGCAACCACCAGAGUGUCCUAACCUUCUAUUCUUAAAAAAAUACACAAGGAGAAUGUCUCGCAUCCACCUAGUGUCUGUUAGUGGAGCCACUUUUCUAUAUAUAUACGUAUAUAUCCAGUACAUAUAUACAGUAUAUCCCUUCCAGUUCCAGUCCAAACAUAAGUAUGUACCAUGCGCACGUUUUAAAAUCAAGCAAGAAGAAUAAAGUUGAAGGAUGGGGAAAAGACCCAGUUCGAGUAGGGUUGGGGUGCUUUUAAAAAUGUACCAACUCUCCUCCUUUUUAUCUGUUCCCUGCAACCUUUGUACAUUCUCUCCAAUUUCUUCUGAUUCAUGGAAAUGAUGGGGUUCUCCGAAAUGGACGGAUGUGUGGUUUUUCAAAGCGGUUCUUUUGCACCAACUGUUACCGUAUGAUGUGGAAUAUGUUGCGGCCACACUUGUUGUUCGCUUUAUUUGACGAGUUUUAAUGUUUGUGAAGCGGCGAGGACCCCCCCCAUCUCCCUCAUCCCCCCCCAAAAACGCCGUUUUCCCUGGAAUGUUUGGAGACAAGCAUGGAGAAAGAAUGCUUUGCGACACCUUUUUAAAGCCUUAUGGAUGUGCCUUCCAGUUGAAUCAGAUGAUAAUAAUCUCUAUUUAGAUGAGGAGAACACUUAUUAUAUUGCUUCAUAGUUAGGUUUAUUGAUUUAUCAACUUGAUUCUUUCUUAGUAGCGUGAACUGCAUGAAUUUAUUCAACAUGUUAGUGAUGGCAUCAAGACUUUCUGCCAGUUCUUCCCCCUUCGUCAGCCCGUGUCUGGGGCCAUAGUGCUUUUCUUUUCAUAGUCUUCCUUUGAAAAGAUCUUAUUUUUGAUGCCUCAACUACUCUGCAAAAGACACUAUUAAGCUCAUAGGCAAAGUGCCUAACAUGCAUAGAAUUUUUUUGGGUCUUUUUUUGGCUGACUUAUUUUGUCGCUGUGUCACAUGACGAGUAGCCUCUCCUAUGUAGCUGCCGAUCAACUAAAUGCUCUCAUUCAACAAAUGCUUUGUUUCCUGCAUUGUUUGUCCUCUGAAAACUUUGCCUUAAUACCACCGCACCGCUUUCACCAUUUGGAAGCCAUACCAGAUACUGUCGCUCACGUCAUGUUCACUCUAAAGUGGCCGCUUCAGCAGACGGCAACAUCAGUCCGUUUAUCGGUCGAUGCAUGUUGGGAGUAACGGCAUUUUCAACUAACGGGUAAUCUAAUUAAUGACCUAACCGACAUGAAAUGUGCUGCAUUAAAUGGCCUGAUGUGACGUUCGCGAACAUUCAUUUGAAUGGCUCGCCGAAGGAGUAAUGACAAUCCAUUGGCAAGUCGAGGAAUAGAAUAUAUAAGAGCAAGGGAGUUGGAUUUCAACUUUUACUCAAAAGAGCUGUUCAAAAGACUCCACUCGUUCGUGAAUGUCACACAAAGAGAACUCGCUGCAACUGAAUGUUGAGUCUGUUGAGUUAAGUGUCGUUUUCAGGACGAAGUACAGGCAGUACUUCUACUACUGUGUCAUUGGUGUAAAAGUGGAGAACAUGCGUGUGAAGUCUACGUGGUGUUCGAUUCCAAAGUGUUUGUUCAAGUCCGUUGUAAAUCCAAACGUCAACACCACUGCAAAGCUAAAUCCCAAUUUUUGACAUAUUUGACAUAGAUGUAAUUGCCCAACACAUCCUUAUUGCUCGUGUGCCGAUUUGUUGUUGUCGAAAUCAGUAAAAACACAAUAAAAAAGGCUGGGAUGGAAAACAGAACGUAAAUACAGAGUUUCACCAUAGUGCUGCUUUUAUGGUAAACUUCUUAGCUCUGCUAACAAAACCCUCCCAUCUGAACUCCAAAAUCCGAAGUGACUGCCUUCGGUUAAGUCGCCAUAAACGGCUUCCACUGUAAUCCACUACCACAGACGUGUACUCCGUCCACCGUGUCCCUCGUGUUGCUUCCUGUAACUCUACCAGCUGGUAGAGCGCUGAUAGAACACAUAGAACACAUUCCAGCACUACGCUUUAGAUGGACUCGCGCUGUGGCCCCACCCCCUUUUGCCAUCUGGAUGUACGAUGAACUGCUGGCUGGAGAAUGAACGUCACACGUUCGGAAGGCUGUGAAUCAUGUGACGGAAUGUGUCAAGUCAGGAGCAAACUUUUACCUCUAUGCAUUUCACUUUGUGUCGCUGACGUCCUUGUAAUAAAAGGCCAUCUCUCCAUUGGCUUCACUUCAUUUCCUCCUUUCAAGAACUACCUAUUCAUGCCAUUAUUUGUGUCACGUGGGGAUAAUAAUCCAUGAUUUGAUGUAUUGAUUGUUCAAUUGUUUGGAAUUAAUUGUUAAUUAAUCUUGUUGAAUAAAAUGGAGUGCGCUCUCGGCUACUGUA